AUGGCUGCCACAAACUUUGACAGUUGCGUUUAUACCUCGGCUGGGCCAGUCGAGGCUGAGGUUUCUGGCUGGGGUAUACCUAUUCUUAUCUUACACGGGAGUCCAGGAGGCAUCGAUGCCGCCCGGGCAAUGAGUCAGUUCCUCGACAGGGACAAAUUCAAAGUAAUCUGUCUCUCACGCCCUGGCUAUCUUAACACUCCGCUUUCUCCGGUCCACCAUUCGAUUGAUGCCGAAGCAGAUCUUCUUGUAGCGUUACUCGAUGCUUUCCGCAUUCCGCGCGUUGGUGUUCUGGCUUGGUCAGGCGGAGGCCCCGCUGCAUACCAGCUCGCCUCUCGAUAUCCGCACCGUGUGUCUGCCCUAGUUGCCAUCGCGGCCCCGAGCUCGCCCUGGAUCGCACCCAAGACCCCUAUCCUAGAGAAAAUCAUGUUCGGCACCAAAAUCGGAGACCGGCUAAUCAAAUACUUGACUUCACAUUCGCCCGAGCACGUGAUUGAAGGAGCCCUAGAGGGGGAGGGUUCCCUGCGCGGCGACGAGCUUCAUCUUCUUACCGAGCAGGUGAUGGCUGAUCCAGCCCAGCGCCAGCUCGUGCUUGAGAUAGCCACGACCGUCAACACGGGCGGUAGGCGGAAGGACGGUUGGCAGAACGAUGUCGAGAACUUCGCCGCUAUCAAAAGUUUAGGUCUUGAACAAAUCCAAUGCCCCGUGCUGCUCGUACAUGGCGAUGCCGAUACAGAUGCAGUCUUGAGCUACAGCGAAACCGCCCAUGCGCGCUUGCCACUCAGCUCGCUUGUGGUUAUGCCCAGAGGUACACAUCUCUCAUUCUACGCGCACCCGCAGGCGCGCGAGGUUCAAGAGAUGGCAAAGAAAUGGUUCUUCGAUCACGCACAAAGUUUUUAG